ACAGAUUAUUCCAACCCGUUUAUGACAUUGGAUAUGUCUUCCGAGGGUGCCGAGUGUAGAAAGGCUACUGAAGAUGCGACGGUGGUGAAAGGUGAACAUUUCAACCCUUUUCUCUGUGAUGAACGCUGUUUUGGCUCGCAUGCUACAGGAGGGGACUUGUUUGCACCGCGCUACGGCUCCGCUCAGCCACAGUUUAGCUCUACAAACCCAUUCGUUGCUGCUGAAUGUCAAAGUUAUGCCCGUGGAGGGAAUGCAGUCGGCGGGACGCAUUACUACGCAGCCCCCGCGUUUCAAAUGAAAAGUAAUUACACGGACUCCAACCCGUUCGCCCCGGCUCAUGUACGAAACUUUGUGCACAGCACGCCGGCCCCAUUUAACCCUGUGGUAUUUCCCGCAGUGCAAUGUACCCCCGAACUGGAUGAAACGAUAAGCUAUAAGCAAACCCCUGCAUGGCCCCAGCCCCGCUUAAAAGCUGAUAAACCCCGUUUCGUGUUGCGGCAACCCUUGUCCGACAGUGAGGAGGAUGGAGAUCCUAGAGAGAGGGUCCCUACUUUACGGCCGGGCCAAUACGACGGUACCACACCAUGGAAAGAAUUUCUGCACAGGUUCGAAAGCUGCGCCGAAGCGAACCACUGGUCUGAAAAGACAAUGACAGUGCAGCUGAAAUUCUGCCUGGUUGGCACAGCGGGGGCCAUUGUCCACAGAAAUCCUCGCUCUUCCAAGUGGGAUUACCGCCGCCUGGUGGACGAACUGGAAAUUGCUUACGGUCCAUCCUCUGAUCAUGCCGCUGCGGUGGCAGUAGAAUUGAGGCAGCGAGUACGGAAACACAAAGAGGCCUUACAUACAUUCAGAGAUGAUAUUUAUGGGAAGGUGGCGGUGGCUUAUGGUGACAGGGCUGAAGUCGAGCAGGACUCCAUCGCUGUCGAAGUUUUCACAAAUGGUCUGGGUGAUGCAGAAAUAGUCCAGAAAUUAUUAGAGCAACGACCAUCCACACUCGCCCGUGCAUAUGAAAUAGCUCAUGCCCAUGAAACCACAAGAAGGGCUGCAGCUUAUGUCGCCAAUGCCAUGCAGCCAGGAGCCCGCAACAUGGUGGAACGACGGCCCCGAACUGCUGUAGUUAGAGCCAAUGACGAACAUGAAAGAGUUAUUAAAGCUACACCUGUGACAAGUUCUUCACAAAACUGGGUUGCCACACACAUUCCCUCAGCCUUUAAUAACCGCAAAAAUGUGACAAAAGGGAAGGUUCGCUGCCAUAACUGUCAAGGUUGGGGUCAUAUACAGAAGCAGUGCCCCUCUCCCCACAAGACCACAAAGGGUUUGAUAUCUGGCGGUUCCCCCUGUGACACCCAAGAAUCCACUGUGCUCCACCUGAAAAGCCAAAGCCAGGAAAUGAGUAUCCGCAUGCGACUCUAUGAAGUGGAGGUGUGCGCUCUGUUGGACAGUGGGGCGCGGAGAAAUGUGCUACCGUUGCGCUGUUAUAAUUCCAUCCAUCCUGAUGUGAGACCUCAGCUGUGUCCAUCAAUUGUUGAGACUUUAUUGGGGGUCGGACCUGUAGAUGUGCCAGUGCUGGGUGAGACCCAGAUACCUGUCAGCAUCAACAACCGUCAGGUGGAUGUGGAUUUUCUUGUAGCAGAUAUAGCAAGGUUAGAAGUGCUGCUGGGCCAUCCUUUCCUCGCACAAGCUGAAGCCCGUCUUGAUUUCGGCAGACAUCGCAUUAUCCUGUUUGGUGAAGAAGUCCCCCACUACCAACCCGAUUCCAACCUGAAGUCGCAUGCAGUGAAAAUAUCUAGAACCGUGAUGGUGGAACCAGGACAGGAGUAUGUUGUGAGGGGCAGCGUGCAGCUAAGUGGGACAGCCUGCAGUGACAUGAUACUUAGCCCUACUAAAGGUUUUAUUGAGAAGCACAAAGUACUCCUCGCUAGAGUCUUAGUUCAUCCCCAGAGGUCUAAAACGGUCCCUCUUCGCCUCUUUAAUCUGGGCAAUAACGCUGUGACCAUUAAAGAAGGAUCCCUGGUUAGUCUCCUCCAGCCAGCUGAAGCCUUGCAGCCUCCCUGUGCCUCACCAGCCACAGACUCGCCAGCCAGCGUUCCAGUGGUCCCUUUGCACCUUGAGGAGCUUUAUGCUCAGAGCUCUAAAAACCUCAAUGAGGGUGAGUGCCUCCAACUUAAACAGUUGCUCUCUACUUAUGGACUUGUGUUCUCCACAGGGCCUGCUGAUCUGGGCCGGACCAAUCUCGUCCAGCACGAUGUUGUACUUCGUCCAGGUGCCCCGAUAAAACAACCUCCACGUAGAAUGGCGAAAGAGAAGCAGCAAUUCGCCGACCGGCAGAUACAUGACAGCCUGCAGGACGGUCUCGCCCAACGCAGCCACAGCAGCUGGGCCUCACCCAUAAUUAUGGUACGCAAGAAGGAUGGGACAUACCGGCUCUGCAUUGAUUACAGGGCUCUCAAUGAGCAAACCGUACCGGACGCUUAUCCCCUGCCCCGUAUCCAGGAUAUGCUGGAUACACUGUCUACUGCCAGAUGGUUCAGCACGUUGGACCUUACCUUGGGUUACUGGCAGGUGGAGUUGACGCCAAGAGCACGCAAAGCCACAGCAUUCUGCGCCAGGACGGGUCUCUUUGAGUGGAAUGUCAUGCCGUUUGGGUUAUGUAACGCCCCUGCAACGUUCCAGCGGCUGAUGGACCGCGUUUUGGCUGGCAUGCAGUGGGAGACCUGUUUGGUCUACCUGGAUGACAUCAUCGUGCUGGCGAGGGAUGUGUCGGAGAUGCUGCAGCGGCUGGGCCAGGUGUUUUAUAGACUGCAACAAGCUAAUCUGAAACUAAAACCUGCCAAAUGCUGCCUUUUCCGUCGGGAGGUGGCCUACCUAGGUCACAUAGUGUCUGAGCGUGGUGUAGCUACGGACCCCAGCAAGGUCCAAAAAGUCAGAAUGUGGCCCACACCGUCAUCCAUCCAGGAGGUCCGACGUUUCAUUGGUUUGGCAUCAUACUAUCGCCGAUUUGUGAAGGACUUUGCAUCCAUUGCUGAACCCCUUCAUAACCAGAAAAAUGCUCGCUUCCAAUGGCAUGCCGAGCACCAGGCUGCUUUCAACAAGUUAAAGUGUCUCCUCACCUCGGCCCCCAUUCUUGGCUAUCCCAUGGACUGCGGGGAAAUGAUACUCGACACUGAUGCAAGUGACACCGGCAUUGGUGCUGUACUGUCACAAAUCCAGGGGGGUGUGGAAAGGGUGUUGGCUUAUGGCAGUCGCAAGUUGCCAAAGCCGGAACAAAACUACUGCACAACAAGAUGUGAACUUCUGGCCAUAGUGGAGUUCACCUCCCAUUUUCGUCAGUAUCUUCUCGGCCGGCCGUUUAAGGUGCGUACGGAUCAUAGUAGUCUGCGCUGGCUGACCAAAAAGAGAGAGCCAGAAGGACAGUUGGCUCGAUGGCUGGAAAAACUGGCUGAAUACGACUUUGAGAUUAUCCACCGUCCGGGUCGACAGCACACGAAUGCCGACAGCCUCUCCAGGAGACCCUGCCGCCAGUCCUGCCCAUGUAAAGUGCAGGACCCCUCGACACCACCCAAAACCAUCACCCAUCAAGCUGUCCAGUGCGAUUUGAACUCUAACAUCAGCUCCCUGUUGCUGAGUUCAGUGGGGGUGGAGGACCAACCUUCCACCACAGAGGUUUGUCCAGUGGGGGAGCUGAGCCAGGCCCAGGAUGCUGAUGUGGACAUUGCACCCAUACGCAGCUGGAUGAAGGCCGAUGACAAACGCCCCCCGUGGUCUGUGGUCUCGCCAUGCAGCCCGGCCACUAAGACGUACUGGACUCAAUGGAAACGACUUUACUUCAGGGAUGGGGUUCUGGUCCGUCGGUUCUAUUGCCUUGACGACAUCCAAUUCUACCCACAGAUUGUGCUGCCACGUAAACUACAACUCGACGUGAUGAGACAGAUGCAUGAGCGGCCAGUGGGUGGACAAUUUGGCGUAGAGCUGACCCUGACCAGAUUAAGAACCCGAUACUACUGGUACCACAUGAGGGAGGAUGUUGCCCUUUGGUGUAAGACCUGUACCAGCUGUGCGUCACGGGCUCGACCCCAGAAGACACCGCAAGCCCCUAUGGGAACAGUCCAGGUAGGAGCUCCUAUGGAGCGCAUUGCGUUGGACAUUAUGGGACCACUAAAUGAGACGGAGCGUGGAAACCGCUAUGUGCUUGUGAUACAAGAUUACUUCACAAAGUGGACUGAAGCAUUUCCUAUUCCGAACGAGCGAGCUGUGACCGUUGCCGGUAUCGUAGCUAGUGAGUGGGUGUGCCGCUAUGGAAUACCUGAAGCGCUUCACAGCGACCAGGGACGCAAUUUUGAGUCUGAGGUGUUCCAAGGGAUGUGCAGUUUGUUUGGGAUAGACAAGACUCACACAACACCAUUCAGGCCGCAGUCAGACGGUCAGGUCGAGCGUUUCAACACCACCCUCCAAAAGAUCCUGGCAACCACAGCAGCACGCUGCCAUUGGGAUUGGGACCUAAUGAUUCCUUAUGCUGUUAUGGCGUACAGGUCAACCAAACAUAGUGCUACAGGUUUCUCUCCAAACUUUGUGAUGUUAGGCCGAGAAGUAAGUGAACCAGCGGACCUCGUCGCCGGUUUGCCCCCUGAUCCGGAACACCAACCCACUGCUCCAGAGUAUGUGCAGCAGAUGCGGGAACGUUUGGAGUUGGCCCACCAAAUCGCUAGAGAAGCCCUGGGGGACUCGGUCACACGUGCAAAGAGACAGUACGACAAAAACUGCUGCCACACACAGUACAGAGUUGGAGACCCUGUGUGGUAUCUUAUUAAAGGAACACGUCAUGUCAAGAAUAAAGUCAAAAAGUUCCUCCCAGCAUAUGAAGGCCCAUUCUUCGUCCUGGGCCAACUGGAUGACCUAGUUUACCGGAUACAAAAAAAACCUAGGUCCAAGGUGAAAGUCGUCCACCAUGAUCAGCUAAAGCAUUACCGCAGUCGGGAGCCUCUGGACAACGGAUGGGCCCUGGAUCAGAGUCGACACUGGGAACCAACAGAGGUUCUACCACCAGCCUUAGAAGGGGACUCUGCAGACUGUGACCUGGAUUUACAGGGUUUGUUCUCUGAUGUAACCAGUGGAGGUGCUGACGGUUCCCUGUUGCCUACCUCAACUGCAAAGAAUCCCAGUCCGGGUGUAUUUGUCCCAUCCUCCCCUUCCCAUGUCAACUCUGAGGAUGGUGGGGGUGCGGUGGGAUAUUCACCUCCUCUGGGUCCGCCGUUCCGACGAUCUAGGCGCCAGCGUAGAGCACCAGACCGGUACGGCUCAUGGAUUGUUCCAAGUAAGACCAUGGACUCAGUUUAAGGUUCCAGGAGUUGGUUAAAACGGUUCGUACUGACCACCUGUAUCUGUUUUCUUUAUUACUGUUCAGUUGUCCGUACCGCAGAGAAAAUUUAACUUCAGAGCAAAUGGUUUGUUUCACGGGCAUGAUUGCUGUUUGUUUUGUUUUUUUUAUAUCUGAUGGGGUUCAGUUAGUGUCCUGCCUGGUCGUCCUGGAUGUCGCUGAGUAGUUUCUCUCCCCCUCUAUUGCAUGUAAAGCUUAAUGUGGCACAUGAGGUUCACCUUGAACGGGUUAAAGACAUCACUGAGAUAUGUGGUUUGAUGCUACACUCCACCUAUAUGUACGGACGAUUGUCAGUUUUUCUUUUCCUCUUAUAGUGAUGGGAUUGUGUAACAGUUUUAUGCGCCGCAAUGCUGGAGUGGAAUUAUUUCUUAAUUGCCAUCCAGAGUGGGGGUAGUGUUGCGGAAAGUGCCUCCGCUGUAUGUGAUGAUAGCUCAGUUUGUGGUGUGUACGUUAGAGGGGGGGGCGCUGUGUGCUGCAUGAACGGAAAUGUUGGGAGCGAGCGAAGAAGGGACGGUGUGUGUGGGACAAAAAGAGUGUGUGUAGCGGACGACCAGUGCACCGGUUAAGGAAAAGGUUGUGCAGUUGUCGACUGUUGGCUGGCCCUAUUAAAGAGUUGACUUUCCACCAUAUUCGUGCCACCGCUUGGUUUAUGUGCAAGACGUAUGACGGAGGUAACCCCGAAGUAAAGUCCACUUCGGCCCUGGAGGAAGAACUCCCCUGUGUCCUCCGACCACGGUCAGAAGACUGAGCAGGAACGGUUAACAAUUUAAAUUGCCAUUUUCAGUUUAAAGUUCUUCCAGCAACGAAUAUGACAGAAACAAGUUAGUUGUAACCACUGCCAAGUUAAACUUAUCACCAGAGCACCUUGAGCUUAACAUAUUACUCAAAUGCCAAAAACACUGUAGAUAUCACCAAACAAUUCAAUGACUCGGAGAAGCUAACCUGGCGAAGUGAAUACCUACUGUAGAUCCUUUUUGUGCUUCACACUUUGGUAUUG